CUAAGGGAACGGCGGCUCGCGGGGAGCUGGAAGGGGCGGGCGCCUCCCGGAGCCUGGCGCCCGCGGCCCCGCCCCUCCCCGCGGACCCGGCGCGCACGGCCGGGCGGUUGGCGGCGGCGCUCACGGCCCCUCCCCCAGACUGGGCGCGGACGAGGGCCAGCGGGCUCAGGAAGUAGGGGAAAGGUGACGGCGCGGCAAUUCCCAGUUCACGUUUCCUGCGCCGCCCGGAGCAGCCGCUGAUCACGCUUUGUUCACAUGCCUCGCCCCCUCCUCCCCCACGCCCCCUCUCCGGGCCGCACAGCCAAUCCGGGCCCGGGCCGCCGAGCCGGUCGGCCAAUGGCGGGGGCAGGGGCGCGGGGACGUGCGAGCGGCCAGGAAUGUUCCCAGUGACUCACCCGCGAGCCUCAUUGAGGAGGAAAGAAUGGAAAUUAUUUCUGAAAGGUCAAAAGAGAGUAUGUAUCCCUGGAACAAAACUGCAGAGAAAAGUGAUUUUGAAGCUGUAGAAGCACUUAUGUCAAUGAGCUGCAGUUGGAAGUCUGAUUUUAAGAAAUACGUGGAAAACAGACCUGUUACACCAGUAUCUGAUUUGUCAGAGGAAGAGAAUCUGCUUCCCGGAACACCUGAUUUUCAUACAAUCCCAGCAUUUUGUUUGACUCCACCUUACAGUCCUUCUGACUUUGAACCCUCUCAAGUGUCAAAUCUGAUGGCACCAGCGCCAUCUACUGUACACUUCAAGUCACUCUCAGAUACUGCCAAUUCUCACAUUGCUGCACCUUUCAAAGAGGAAGAAAAGAGCCCAGUAUCUGUCCCCAAACUCCCCAAAGCUCAGGCAACAAGUGUGAUUCGUCAUACAGCGGAUGCCCAGCUAUGUAACCACCAGUCCUGCCCAGUGAAAGCAGCGAGCAUCCUCAACUAUCAGGACAAUUCCUUUAGAAGAAGAACCCACCUGAAUGUUGAGGCUGCAAGAAAGAACAUACCAUGUGCUGCUGUGUCACCAAACAGAUCCAAGUGUGAGAAAAACACAGUUGCAGAUGGAGAUGAGAAAGCAAGUGCUGCACUUUAUGACUUUUCCGUGCCUUCCUCAGAGACGGUCAUCUGCAGGUCUCAGUCAGCCCCCAUGUCCCCACAGCAGAAGUCAGUGUUGGUCUCUCCACCUGCAGUAUCUGCAGGGGGAGUGCCACCUAUGCCGGUCAUCUGCCAGAUGGUUCCCCUUCCUGCCAACAACUCUGUAGUGACAACAGUCGUUCCCAGCACUCCUCCCAGCCAGCCACCAGCUGUUUGCCCCCCUGUUGUGUUCAUGGGCACACAAGUCCCCAAAGGCGCAGUCAUGUUUGUGGUACCCCAGCCCGUUGUGCAGAGCUCAAAGCCUGCAGUGGUAAGCCCAAAUGGCACCAGACUCUCUCCUAUUGCCCCUGCUCCUGGGUUUUCGCCUUCAGCAGCAAAAGUCACUCCUCAGAUUGACUCAUCAAGGAUAAGAAGUCACAUCUGUAGCCACCCAGGAUGUGGCAAAACAUACUUUAAAAGUUCCCAUCUGAAGGCCCACACAAGAACUCACACAGGAGAAAAGCCUUUCAGCUGUAGCUGGAAAGGUUGUGAGAGAAGGUUUGCCCGUUCUGAUGAACUGUCCAGACACAGGCGAACCCACACGGGUGAGAAGAAAUUUGCAUGCCCCAUGUGUGACCGGCGGUUCAUGAGGAGUGACCAUUUGACCAAGCACGCCCGGCGCCAUCUAUCAGCCAAGAAGCUACCAAACUGGCAGAUGGAAGUGAGCAAGUUAAACGACAUUGCUCUACCUCCAGCCCCUGCUCCCACACAGUGACACACCAGAAAGUGAAGAGUCAGAACUAACUUUGGUCUCAGCAGAGCCAGUGGUGAUGUAAAAAUGCUUCCACUGCAAGUCUGUGGCCCCUCAACAUGGGCUUAAAGCAGAAGCCCACAGCCUGGCGUGAAGGCCCAGCCUGGGUUAGGUGACAAAAAGGGCUUUGGCCACAGGCAAGUCACAGAAUGGCAGGUUUCAUUUCUUAUCACAUAAGAGAGAUGAAAAAGCUUUUAUUCCUUUGAAUAUUUUUUGAAGGUUUCAGAUGAGGUCAACACAGGUAGCACAGAUUUUGAAUUUGUGUGCACAUUUGUUACUUUACUUUUGCUGUUUAUACUUGAGACCAACUUUUCAAUGUGAUUCUUCUGAAGCACUGGUUUCAAGAAUAUGGAGGCUGGAAGUAAACAUUACGGUACAGAGAUGGAGAUGGAAAAUCGGUUUGUAUUAUUACAAAUAUUGUCAUCUUUUUCUAGAGUUAUCCUCUUUAUUAUUCCUAGUCUUUCCAGUCAACAUCGUGGAUGUAGUGAUUAAAUAUAUCUAGAACUAUCAUUUUUACACUAUUGUGAAUAUUUGGAAUUAAACAGCUGUACAUUGCUAAGAGGGCCCAAAGAAUUGGAAUCCUCCUUAAUUUAAUUGCUUUGAAGCAUAGCUGCAAUUUGUUUUUGCAUUUUUGUUUUGAAAGUUUAGCAAAUGACUGUAUCUAGGCAUUUCAUUAUGCUUUGAACUUCAGUUGCCUGCAGUUCCUUGUGUAGAUUCGAAAAUCGUAUACCAAUGUGUUUUCUAUAGACUCUUAAGAUACACUGCACUUUGUUUAGGAAAAAAAUCUGAGGAUGAAAAUAUAUAUUAUAAAGAAGGGAUAUCAAGAAUUUUAGAUAACUUCCUGAAAAAGAUGGCUUAUGUCAUCAGUAAAGUACCCUUAUGAGGAUAUAAUGUGUGCUUUAUUGAAUUAGAAAACUAGUGACCAUUAUUCACAGGUGGACAAAUGUUGUCCUAUUAAUUUAUAGGAGUUUUUUGGGGAUGUGGAGGUAGGUGGGUAGAAAAAUUAUUACAACAUUCACUUUUGUUAACAGUAUUUCUCUUUUAUUCUGUUAUAUAGUGGAUGAUAUACACAGUGGCAAAACAAAAGUAAAUUGUUUAAAAUAUAUAGUGAAAAAUGUCACUAUAUCUUCCUGUUUAACAUUGUUUUUGUAUAUUGGGUGUAGAUUUCUGACAUCAAAACUCAGACCCUUGGAAAACAAAAGUUUUCUUUUAAUUAAAAAAAAAUCCUUGUGACUUACAAUUUGCACAUUAUUUUAUUGUACUUUAUAUCUUGUUUACAAUAAAGAAUUUCCUUUGGUAUA